UUUUGUAUUUUAAAUACGUAACGGCGGUACAUGUAUUCCGUUACUCCCCAACACUGUCUAUAUAAAUGUAUAGCUAACACUCUGUUAUUUCUGUUAUCUGCUACACAAUAUCGAACUUUUUAUUUAUCUAGCUAGCAUCACUGAAUUUUAAGUAGUGAUGCAGGUUUCAGCAAUUUACUUUUUUUUUUUUUUUUAAGUUUUCAGUCUAAUUUUGCCCUCGUCCUUUACACCUUAAAAUAUAUUGACACCAUCUUAUAGUCAAGUUUAAACCAUUCUGUGUAUUGUGUAUUUUCAACUUUGUGAUAAAUCUGUCUUAGUACGUGGCGCCGUGCCAGCUCUCACACGACAAAUCCUGCUGAAUGUUUUUAAACAAGUGUUGCUUAUCUUCUUUAAUCGUGUGUUCAAUCUAAAUAUUACGCUGACUUGCAAUAUUAAGAGCUUGUGCGUGUGUGUAUGUGUGAAUUCCCCAGAAUCUGUUUGCAGUCCCCUUUACACCUGAAUUAAAUUCUAGGUAAGAAUUUAUUAUGUUUAAAGUUAAGAUAAAUCUCCAAGAAAUAAGUGUAGUUAACUGAAAUAAUCUUUGAUCUGAUGUGAACGUGUGUGUGUGUGUGUGUGUGUGUGCGCGCGCAUAAUUUAUUGUGGUGUAAAGCUUUUUAGGGAUAUGCUCAGGUCCAAAGUACAAAAGCACAAGUUAGUAUGAGAGUUCUUAUAGCACCAGCUACUUCCUUCUUUAUAUAUUUACUAACAUUUCCUCAUUCUGAGGGAGAGGACAGUGCUGAGGCUGAAGGUGGGGGAAAGAAAGGCUUAUCUUUGUACAUUUAUGGCCUCGUGAUCAAAACUCUCUUAUUCUGGACGCCUAGUCUCAAUUCAUACCCGUUAUCAGAGCCUCAUAAGGAAACAAAAUCAGAACAAAGCUUUUCCAGGACUCAGUAGUUCGCCCUUGACUAGUGACUGCACUGUAAGACAUAAGCUGAGCCAAAGCUGAGCCAAACCAGGGCAGAAGAAGACGUUGACUUGAGAGACUACUGGACAAUGUCAAUGCCCCCCAGAGUUGUCCACAAGAGGAGGGAGACGAUCACAGCCCUGCCUCUCUACUACUCCGGACACCUGCUGAAGAAACACAGUAAAGACAAGGAUUUCAAGAAAUACUAUGGAGAGCUCCGUGGGUGUUCGCUGUUUCUGUACAAGGAUGACACACAGGAUACGUAUACAGAGAAGUUGGACCUGGACCAGCUGAAGUCGAUGGAGUCAGACUCUCCAUAUCAGAAGAAGGAACCCACUGUGUUCACUCUCAGCCUCAGCACAGAGAAGGUGCAACUUAAGGUCUGUUGUGAUAAAACUCACUUCAAAUGGAGGGGUUUCAUCCUGACUGUGGUCAAGAAGGAGCUUCCCAGUAAGCUGCAGCUGAUGCCUGGGCAGGUGUUACAGCUGAAGGAGGUUCUCGCUCAGGAAAUAAAAAGAAAAUCCCCAUCGUCACGUCCACCGCUCCCACCUCGACCAGGUUUCCUCUCAGGCCCGCCAUCCAAAGACAAAUUGAGCUCUGAGAUUGCUGAGUGUUUCUUUGAUGUGACUCGAAAGGAGGCUGAGAAGAUGCUAGAGGAAAACCCAGAGUGUGGAAGCAUCAUCCUUCGCCCGUCCACCAUGCCCAACAACUACGCCUUGACCCUCAGACAAGUGUCAUCCAGCGGGCCUGUAAUGAAGAAUUACAGAGUGACCCAAAUAAACGCCGGAUUUGUCAUUGAACUGGAGACACCAGUGACCGUCAGCUCCCUGAAGGAUGUUCUAAAAUACUUCAUUGAAAAAACUGAGUAUCGGCUUUGUCCUUUCAUUCCAUCUCAGCCCUACGACACUUUGAUCGAGGCGUCACCAGCUCCCAAGUGCCUCGACACAACCCCACGUGCACCUAAACCACUACCAAAGGCACACGUGCCCCCUAUGCUGCGGUCACGGACCAAAGAGGAGAUUCUGCCAAACAAGCCUGAUGAGGGAGAAUAUGUCAUUCCUGAUGAUCCCAAUGACUCCAGCCUGAAUCUAGCUCAGUUGGAUGAUGAGCUCAGGAGAGCCCUAAAACAACGGAGAGAAAACAUCUAUGUUUCGACUGAUGAGAAAGUCUCCCCCUAUGAAACAAAACUGAAUGGAAAAACAACAAUCUAACACGGCACGGUGGACGACCGAGAAACCGACAGCGUGAAGUAGGGACUGGUGUAACCUGACAAGUAUAACGUUAAACUUUUACCUACAGCUCAGAGAUCACAAUGUUCACGGUGAAAAUGGCUAAAUUCUGCUUUAUUGAAACAAAAUUUAUACAUUUUUCUCCAAGAUGGGAGAGUUUGGACCGUUGCUUAAAUAUUGUGACCAAAUGAGCGGACGGUGCUAGAUGAUCAAAGGAAUUUCUGUGUUUAUUUCAGUGACCACUAAUAUCUGCAUCAGUCAUUGCAAUCCAGCUGAGGGGUGUCAAUAAAAAAGCUGAACAUUUCA